AUGUGCGGCGGGAGCGAUGAGAGGAAAGGAAGCGAAGGCGUUGUAAAUGAAGAAAGAGUAGCAGAGGAAGUGUCAAGUAGUGAAGUGAAAGAAGCAUUGAAGAAGAAGAGAGGCAAGACAGCUGGGCACAAUAACAUCCCAGUUGAAAUUUGGAAGUGCUUUGGUGAUGAGGGAAUAAUCUGGUUGACGAAAUUAGUCAGCAAUAUAUCAACUUCUGAAGAAAUGCCUGAAGAGGGGAGAGCCAGCACCUUGGUACCAAUAUUCAAGAAUAAGGGGGACAUACAAGAAUGUAAGAAUUACAGAGGAAUGAAGUUGUCUCAUACUAUGAAAAUGUGGGAACGUGUCAUAGACAAGAGAAUGAGAGAAGUGGUCACCAUCCCAUAUGAGCAUUUUGGUUUCAUGGCUUUCAAAAAGGACCACCGAUGCACUUGA